UUCCGCUCUCUCUCGCUCGCUGCACCUUCCCGACUUAGCUUCCCCCCGCCCCAGCCCUGCCCUCGCUCCCUCCCCAGCAGCUCUGCCUCCCUCCCCCGCCCCCAGGAGCAUCCCCGCGGAGGGAGGGCUGGGGAGGUGCAGGAAGGACGCUUUGGGAUUGGAGGUGGAGCCCGAGAGGCGGUGACUGUCGCCUCCGAUUUGGGGGAGGGGGUCGCUGUUCUCGGCCCCGCCUCCCUUCUUUGAGGUCCCCCCUCCCCAGCCCCCCUCUCCUCUUCUUUAUCCCUCUCCCUCCUCUCCCCCCCCCACCCCGUUGCUAAGGUCCGGACCGUCAUCCCAGCAACAGCCUCAGUCAUGUGACCGGCGAUGGCGGCGCUGACGGGAGAGUCUGCUGCCACUUUGUCCACAUCUUCAACAGUCAGCAAGCAGGAGUGAUUAAGUGUUGGGGUCAAAGUCCAGCUGAGUGUGGAACUUCCAGGAUUCCUCCUGCCACCAUCGUCCAUGGGCUCUCCAGUGUCGUUCGUCCUGUCCAGGAUGGCGGCCUGUGGGGGCAGCUGCAAGAACAAGGUGACAGUCUCAAAGCCAGUAUGGGACUUCCUGAGCAAGGAAACACCAGGGCGGCUGGCACGGCUUCGGGAUGAACACCGAAUAUCCAUCCUCAUCGAUGGAGAGACAUCCGACAUCUAUGUUCUCCAGCUCGCUCCCCAGGGCCCUCACCCAGUCCCUCCCAAUAGCCUCUACCUUGCUAGAAAGGCUCUGAAGGGGCUGCUCAAAGAGGCAGAGAAGGAGCUGAAGAAGGCACAAAGGCAGGGGGAGUUGAUGGGCUGCCUGUCAUUGGGGGGUGGGGGUGAGCAUCCAGAGCUGCACCGCCCAGGGCCCCCUCCUCUCCGGGCUGCUCCACUGCUGCCCCCAGGGGCCAGAGCCCCCUUACCACCUCCACCCCCUUUGCCCCCACCUCCUCCGCCCCGCCUACGAGAGGAGGCGGAAGAGCAGGAGAGCACUUGUCCCAUUUGCUUGGGGGAGAUCCAGAAUGCCAAGACACUGGAAAAGUGCCGACACUCGUUCUGUGAAGGCUGCAUUACCCGGGCACUGCAGGUGAAGAAGGCCUGCCCCAUGUGUGGUCGUUUCUAUGGGCAGCUGGUGGGCAAUCAGCCCCAGAAUGGGCGAAUGUUGGUCUCCAAGGAUGCCAGCCUCCUGCUGCCUAGCUAUGAGAAAUAUGGAACCAUUGUCAUCCAGUAUGUCUUCCCACCUGGCGUCCAAGGGGCCGAGCACCCAAACCCUGGCGUUCGGUAUCCUGGCACCACACGGGUGGCCUACCUCCCAGACUGCCCCGAGGGCAACAAGGUGCUGACUCUGUUCCGAAAGGCUUUUGACCAGCGUCUCACCUUCACCAUUGGCACAUCCAUGACCACGGGGAGACCAAAUGUCAUCACUUGGAACGACAUCCACCACAAGACCAGCUGCACUGGGGGACCCCAGCUGUUUGGGUACCCGGAUCCCACCUACCUGACCAGGGUGCAAGAGGAACUGAGAGCCAAGGGCAUAACAGAUGAUUAAAGGAUAUUCCCUUCCUUUGCCCCCUCCCCCCACACAUUCCCCUGUGGAGGAUUCAUUACCUCCUCCAACCUGUCAACUGAUGUCUGUAGUCACUCUUCUCCAUCUUAUCUCCAGUUCGUAGGAGGUUUUUCUGUUUUGGAGGGAGCCUUGGAUAGGAGGGUACAGCCUCCUGACUCUUCUGUCCCCCACUUCCACCAUGUACUUCAGUGUGAUGUGACCCCUACCCCCCCAACCCAGAUCUCACCAUCUGUUUGGGGUUAACCUAAAAGGGUUCUAUCCAUGCUGCUCCCUCUCUCUUCCCUCUUCCCCUCCCAUGUACAUACCCUGAACCCCACUGCCCCAUGUACCCACCCAUACCCCAUCCCAUCCACUUUGGAUCUUUCUGAAAUGUGCUCCUUAGGAGGCCUCCCCCGAAAAUGACUGGAGGAGUGUCUCUACCUCCCAACCCCAACCACACACACAUAAAACUGUACUUGGCAAUGAACUCUGGGUGUGUGUAUCAGAGGGGAGGGAGUGGGGGCUGGUACAACACCCCCAUGCCAGAUGGAGCCUGCUCUGUGUAUUCAUCAAGCCCUUACACACUCAUCUUGUCACCUUUUUGUGUCUCUGUCUUUCUGUCUGUCUUUCUCCCCCAUUCCUCUACCUUUACCCAGUUUGGAACUGCCACCAGACUAGCUUUUGAUUUAAUAAAAAUAAAAUAUGCAACACAACUGUGGAUGGGCA